GGAAGGGGGCAAACACUUUUUCACACAACUGUACAUGUUUCAGGAUUCUUAUCAGCCAGCUGAUGAAGUGUACAGGUUUUGUUUUACCAGAUUCAGCUCUCAGGACAGAUUUGUCUCAUCAAACCAGACAGUGUUUUCCUUAUUCUCUUGUGCUGUUUGACCAACUAAAAUUUCCCUCAGGAGUUGGAGGAGCUCAAAACAGAGCUUAAAGGAGAGUUAAUAUUGGACUUGCAUGAAUCAGGUGGACACAAACACGGCUCCAAACGAAUGCUUAUGUUGCUGAGUGUCUGUAUAGUAGGCAGAUGUUUGCUUGCAUGUAGCCGUAUCAACAGGAUAUGUUAGUGGCCUAAAAAAAACCUCUUAUUUUGCAUGGCAGACAAGGACAUUGGAUCCAUCUCAGUUUUUGUUUUAAUCUCUCAGCAUAAGGUCCAAACUGUAAAUCAGGUACAGUAAUUGUUAUGUCUGGUCAUUCCACUCUUGAUCAGAUGUUCGAGCAGAACCUGCAGGUUGCAGCGCAGAUUGAUGGGGAUUUCAAAGAACAGGUUUUGAAGCUCUGCCUGAAACAGAUGAACACUUUCCUCAUCAGGUACAGAGAGGAGGCGGUGACCUACAAGGAGGAGCACCUGAGAGAAAGACAGCUGCCUCAGUGUUAUGUACACUACAUGAUAGCCAUCAUCAACAACUGCCAGACGUUCAAAGAGUCCAUCAACAGUCUGAAGAGGAAGUACUCUCAGUCAUCAGAGCCCACUGACAGUGAUGCUGCCAUAGAGAAGACGCUCAAUGAGGUGGCCAAGGAGGGAUGUCAGUUCCUGUUGGAUGAAGUCUUUCUAGACCUCGAGCAUCACCUGAAUGAGCUGCUGACCAGGAAGUGGGUAACAGGCUCUCAUGCUGUGGACACCAUCUGUGUGACUGUGGAGGACUACUUCAAUGACUUCAACAAGAUCAAGAAACCCUUCAAUCAGGAGAUGACGAGCGAGGCCCUGCGCAGGGUGGUGGUGGAGUACAUUAAAGCAGUGAUGCAGAAGAGGAUCACCUUUAAGAACGCAGAUGAGAGGAGGGAGGGAGCUGAGAGGAUGAUCAAAGAGGCGGAUCAGUUCAAGUUCCUCUUCAGGAAGCUGGCCGCUGGUGAAGACACAGACCGGCUUUGUGGCGCCAUCGCGGCCAUCGCUGAAGUGUUCAAGCUGACUGACCCCACGCUGCUGUUCCUGGAGGUCACCACUCUGGUGUCCAAGUAUCCUGACAUCAGGGAGGAGCACAUCCAGGCGUUGCUGGCAGUGCGUGGUGACGCCAGCAGGGAGAUGCGCCAGAUGAUCAUUGGGACCCUCAGCGAGAACAAAGUAUCCUACUCUGGUCUCACACAGCCCAUCUUCAAAGACAUCACCGUGCCCACCAACACCAUGACUACCAUGACCUCCAUGGCAACUGCAAAGCUGCUCAAAUAAGGGCAAAAACCACGACACUAUUUCCACCUUCAGACACGAUAACAUAAGCAAACUUCUAUUUUCAGACACUCAGUUAUUUUUGACUGUUUAAUGCAGCUUGCUGUGUUUUCUGUCCCCACCCUUUAUUUGCUGUUUUUAUUGUCACCAUGAUCACGUCUGUCAAUAAAAUAUCAAAAUAAUAGUUGUAAUAUUGUGUGGUACGACUAUUAUUUAGAGGUUGAAGCACCACAGGAUGCUUUUCUUCUCCGUUUUUCCACUUAUUUUUCUGCUCAUCCUGCUGCUUCUCCACCACGACUGUCCUUUGACUUGUGUGCAGAUGUCACAGUUAAAGCUGCUAUGAGGAGCUUUCAUUUUCUGUUGAUUCUAGCAGCCCCUGUGGACGAAAGUGGUAGUGUUUUCGAGCACCAGAGUCCCUUU